AUGUGCCUCCGCAAGGUUUGCAUGUGGCCAUGCACCCCAGGUUCAGUGCCGCGCUUGACUCGACAUGCUGCGGAAUUCUCACAGACGCUCUCAAUCGUCCCGAAAGGCAACCCAAGACAAGUCAGCCGUCAAAAGCCAACCCCAGCCUCGGCUGCGGCAUACGUCUGUGAUCCAACCACGCCCGCGUUCGUUCUGCACGCGCCUGCCACGGCCAGCUUGGGAGCCAUGGGGAAUUCCUCGUCUCCGCCAACGCCGACGAUUCCCAUAAAGAGGAACCCGGAUUCAUGGGCGCUUUCGUGCUGA